GGCGGGCGCCCCCUGGCGGGCGGUGGCGCGAAGGGACCGCCCCCAGCCUAGCGCUGCCGCCGCCGCCGCCCGACUCAGCCCAACAUGGCGAUGCACAACAAGGCGGCGCCGCCACAGAUCCCCGACACCCGGCGGGAGCUGGCGGAGCUCGUGAAGCGGAAGCAGGAGCUGGCGGAAACACUGGCAAACUUGGAGAGACAGAUCUAUGCUUUUGAAGGAAGCUACCUGGAAGACACUCAGAUGUAUGGCAACAUUAUUCGUGGCUGGGAUCGGUAUCUGACCAACCAAAAAAACUCCAAUAGCAAAAAUGAUAGAAGGAACCGGAAGUUUAAGGAAGCAGAGCGGCUCUUCAGUAAAUCCUCAGUUACUUCAGCAGCUGCAGUGAGUGCUUUGGCAGGAGUUCAGGACCAGCUCAUUGAAAAGAGGGAGCCAGGAAGUGGGACGGAAAGUGACACUUCUCCAGACUUCCACAAUCAGGAAAACGAGCCCAACCAGGAGGACCCUGAGGAUCUGGAUGGAUCUGUGCAGGGAGUGAAACCACAGAAGGCUGCUUCUUCCACCUCCACAGGGAGUCAUCACAGCAGCCAUAAAAAGCGAAAGAAUAAAAACCGGCACAGCCGGGUUCUUUACCGCUACCACCGCCUGGGAAGCCUGUUGGGGAGCUGCAGAAUGAGCUAAGUCUAUUGCCUCCCAGUCCUGAUCCCUGCCUACCCUUAUUCCCUGGAGGACGGAGAGAAUGAGCUGAUGUGCCUUUUUACUUUUUAAAUACAAGGUUUGUGAUUGCUUAUGAUUUCUCUGUAUAUCUUCACAAAUUGCUGAUUUGAGUGCCAGAGAACAAUAUAAAGGCUGUAAUUUACAAGAGCGCCUUCCUAGAUAAUGUUUGUUCACUGUGCUUUUUUGUAGUGCCUAAUGAGCUAGGAAUCACACCAGUGGACAGAGAGGUCAGGUGUUACCCAGAGAGGAUUUCAGCGUUCACUCUGCUUGGGGUUGUAUAAUAGUGCCGGGGCCUCUUAGCUCAGGUAAUCUGAAGCCGUCCAGUUGAGUCAGAGAGGGAAAUUCUUAGUUUUUCCAGCAAGGAAUCUUGUCCUGGCCUCAAACCUUCUUCUGGGAGGUAUGAAAACCAGACAUCCAACAGGCUGGCUUUUGUUCUGCUCCUCUUAGGAGCCUGCAUGCUGAGGAGAUGCGAGGGGGUGUACAAGGAAUGGGUGGGGUCCCCUGCCUUUCAGCUUGCCUCUGGGCUGAGCUCUCCUGUAGAACAUGCCCUCACGAACCCAGGGCAUUACAGUCGUUAGCUCGAUGGAUGUGGCAACCAGGGAUGAUAUACAAUUAACUCUUACCAGGUUUAAGCCUCCUUGGCAUCAGCUGAUGCUUUAAUUCUUUGAAGAGUCUUUCUUGUCAUUGGUGGUGGUUUUAGAUGCAGGAGUAUAUCCAGAUAGUGACUGAGGACUGCAACUGAACAUUUUUCUGCAAACCAAAAAUCACCAGGCCAAUCUUGUAAGCAUAGUAAGAGAGAGCAAAAAUUGCAUCGCUUUGUCUCCCCUUUUUUUUUCUUAAGUAAGGCUACAAGUUAUUUGAUUACUAUGACAGGACUGAUGCCAGUUUAUCAUGAAUAGCAGAGAACCAUACUCUUUAAAGUAUUUUUUCUUUAAUUGUCAAGAUAAAAAGGUUAUGCUCUGUGUUGCUUUUGUUAAGUUUACUUCAGUGUCAUUUUAAAUGUAAUAAUUUAUUUUCCUAUUUCAGAGUAUCUAGAGGAGGGGAUAAAUUCCUUGUAAGUUUCUGGGACAUUUCUUUUUCCAUUCCUGGUAUAUAGCUGUUGUGUAUUUCAGGUUAUACCUUAUUUUCCUUAAUGAUACAAACAGCUGAUAAAAAGGAGUUAGACAUUGAACUUAACUUUCUCCUUGCAGAUUGCUAGUAGAUUUCCAUAGGAAUAGCUUUUCCUGCCUUUCUUCUCCUGGCCUUAGGAGCUAACUCCUUCCAGAAAAAUACUAGGAUUUAAAAAGAUCUUCGGUGGUAGUUACUGCCUUCACAGUGGGGCUUUUUGUUUGGAAAGCAGAAUCCUUUUGUCAUCCCCCUGGUUUAGUAUCUGGCUGGAUUUCUCUGUGGGCCUUAGGGACGACUCACCUGCCCCAAGGGAAGAGAAUGGAAUUGAUUUCCCUUCUUUCUGGAGAAAACACGUUUAGCACACCUUCUCAGAUUCCUGCCAUCUUUAGUAUGGAAUUGUGUCUGGCCCAACCCCCUCAUCCCUGACCGGUGUCUUCGUUGGUCCCACAGUUGGGGGUGGGGGUGGGGGAGCACUUUGUCUACACGUUUGUGAUUCUGCUCCCAGUGCAGUAUUGUUUCUCCUACAGUGUUCCACGCUCCAUAUCGUCAGAUAAAAGUCAAUGGUAAAUUACUUCAGUAAAGGUAUGAAUACCCACCAUGUGCAAGGCAUUAUUUAGUGAUGAGUAAACAAAGUGGAAAUAAAUAGGUACCUUAGCAAAAGAAAUAACUUUUAUUUGACCUUUUCAAGAAUAUGAAAAUCUAUCGAGUAAUCUUUAGCAUUCAUAAAUUGAUCACAGGAUUCUAAAUUCUUAUGCUUUACAUGAUAUCGGAACAGUAAAUCCCAGUGUGUUUAAAGAAGAAAGUUGAAAUUACAACCUCUAGCUGCUCUGACAGGUUUUUACUACUGUACCAAGCUCUAGAAUUCUAGUAGUUUAUGAAGUUUUCAUUAAGUAGGUACAGUCUACUUCUUUAGUUUCUGAUCAAAGUUAGACUGAAAGUUAAAUUUCUGACAGUUCCUGGUAUGUACACUUACUGUAUACUUUUCCCAAAUGUCUUAAGUGAAACUGUUGCAUAAAGGAUGUUGAAGUUAAGCUUUAUUCCAGCUUUGUUCCUGCAAACAUUAGCUAGGAGGAAAUACCAGCCGUUUUGCAUAUUGCUUUACCAUCUGUCUCCAGCCUGCAAGGUUCUGGAGCCAGCUAAGGAUGGGUGUCGUGCCCCUGGUUAUUGUCUUCUUUGGAGGUCUGCCCCAGCCCGUGGUCCUGUCGCAGAGAUGGCCCAGAGUGGCUCCUCUGGGCUUCUCCCAGCUAGACUCCUGUGGCCUGGGUGCUUGUAGAUGGCAGCUUCCCUGCAGACUUUGGUGUUCCGUAAUAGUAGUGCUGACAUAAACAGUUAACUUGCCUUCCACCAUUUCAGGGGCAGGGUAAUGUGGCUCUAUGAUUUACGGAAUAAGACUCUGAUUCGACCCUUGGCUUCUAGCAUGAAUGCUGGGAAAAGUAAUACCGUGUUUGGACACAAAUAUAAAACCUGAGUUAGAAAUUGCAAAAUGUUUUUUAUCUCCAGAAAUGUAUGAUGUUUUAAUCUUUCAUUUUAGUGAAAGUACAUUAUACUGAGUUGUUGGUACUGUCUUCAGAGCACCUUUCAUUAUGUGACUAAACCCUUCUUUCUCUGUUUCUUCUAAUCCCCUGUUUAUUUUUGAUUACAAUUACAUAUUUUAAAAUUUCUAACUCUCAAUCUAGCAGCUAAUAGAAGGCCUGCAGGUAUCUAUAGUUUUCUAAUGAAAUAACUUUUCUUAUUAUAGUCUUUUCUUCUGAUAUGAAAUCCACUGAAGGAAGGGAGUCUCCCAACCCCAGAAUCUUUGGUGCUUUGAUGUUUGAAACUUUGUGGCUUAAGAUUCUUAAAACUGAUAUUGUUUCUACAAACUUGCUAGGGUGGCUAAUCAACUAAUUUAUUCAGUUAGUAUAUUAUUAACGUCUAUUGCUUUCUUCCUUUC